CACGCCUGUACUGGAUCAGGACCCUGCAACCACACGCCGGGAGGUCCUAGAGGCAUAUCGAGCUCAUAUCAAGGAGACGAGAGCUAAUAAGAAGGGGAAACACAAACAAAUAAUCUUAGAGGAUGUACGGAAGCGGCCUCCGCGUCUGCAUCUGAAACAAGAACCUAUUCGGGGUCGUCCUCACCAUCAUCCACAGCAGGCCAAGAAGAAAGAGGAGAGUCCGACCCGCAGACAGCACGGCGGAAACUAUUUCAAAAAGUUCUUAGCAGGACAGUUUCGACUCGGCCGCGAUGAACGACCUGAGGGAUGGGCAGCAGACAAGAUUAACCGCGCAAUGCGCAGAUAUUACAGAAUGCACUUACUGCUCGAGAGACGAGAUGAACAGCACCUUGCUCUGCAAAGUAAACUAUUGUAUGAUGAAUGCUGCCAGUGCCGACCACUGGUACCUGGCCCCAUGACUACAAAGAGUGGUGUUCUUCGGCUUGCAGAACCCAAUCUACCUAAAAUCCUCCGAAUUCUAAGAAGCGAAGCCAACGACGGGCUUGAUCUCCUGCAACCACACGGCCUAGCCCAAUACACCGUUAUGCAUGCCGCCGCUCAACGGGGAUACACAGACCUGGUUCACGAGCUCAUUAUACAUUGGAAUGAGCAUCCGAUGAGCUCUCCGUACCAGAAAUUCAGCUUCAUGCAGCUAAGUCAUUUGCUGGAGCUGGUUCUGGAAAUGCGCAAGGCCAAGAGACUAGUGAGCGAGUCGGGAGCUGAGAUGCGCGCACUUAUUGCCAACGUUGGAGUAUCGUUUGCUCGGUUCUCGGAUUCCCUCGACAGACUUCACAACGACGCGAUAACUCUACAAGAUCUUCUGAAAAUUUGCGGCCAUCCGCUUGUUCUCUCGAAAGACGCAGCCGGUAAUACUCCAUUGCAUUAUGCUGCUGAAGGAGGACACCUUACAUUGUGUAAGUUGCUGCUGACAAAUGGGGCCAAUAUCAAUGCGCAGAACAAGUCUGGAGAAACACCACUCCACUUCGCAAUAGCUAGUCAACGUCACGGAGUUUGUCUUCAUUUUGUGGAGAAUCACGCAGAUGUGCGCAUCUCUCGAUAUGUAACACUCACGACGCUGGAUGGCACAGUCUUGCGAGGGACGUUUGUGGAAUCUCCUAACGGAAAGACGAUGGCUAAGCUAUUACCAUCACUAAACUUUCGCACAGGAGCGAUGGUACAGCACAAGCGACCACCCGGCAAGACUCACCUACCGCAAUACCAAGCAUUGACUGGAGGAAGCUGUGCUGUGUCCCCUGAAACAAGGACGAAAGCUCGGCAUGAUGCCGUUGGCGCUGUAAACGACAGCACAUGUUCAACUGUUGAUAAUUUACUGGCAUCUCCCUUCCUGUGCACCAAAACUCGUCGCGAUAUCGUCUUCUUCCGGUCAGCGCCAGGAUACUCGAUUCUACCGCCGAAAACGUUAGGUAUUCUCGUGAUCUCGGAGCAUGUGACCGCUUACGAAGUAAACAAAGCUCGAGAGAUACACGAGAGAAGCAAACUAUUCCACCUCUUGAUCGAGAAUGUUCCUGAGGCUGCCGUGUUGGCGAUGGACUCAUUUCGGAUUCCUUUAUUCAGAUGCAGCAUGCUGAAGCACGUGCGCGAACGAAACCAACGCUGGACAGUGAGCAAUGAGCUUAAAACGACGCAGGAGAAGCGAGAAGCUCUGAUUGUACAGAUGAAAGGACAGAAAAAAGGUGGUCGCUCGCCUCGACGAAAACGAAAACAAGGAUCGCUCGCAAAAAUUCUGUCGCGCUUGAAGAAAGGCCUUAAGAAAGUUUGGAAACUCAUGCGUCACGUGAGGAGUAUAUUGAGCAUUCAGCACGUGUUCACGGUGACGGAGCAUGAAGCUGGACACAAAGAUGGGAUUGUGUGCGAGCCAAAAGGAAUCUUGUACGAAUAUGUGUACGACCACGCAGAUUUCCGCGGGCACCAGAGCCCAACCUUGUGGCUGAUCGUCCAGACAGAGUGUAAGGAGCUUAUCUUUCAUCCCUGGUUCCGACAACUUUUGGACUACAAGUGGAACUCAUUCACACGACAAACAUUUCGAUCACAGUUCAAAGUGUACUUCGUGUAUUUCGUUGCGGUAUUUGUUGCCACGUAUUUACACGUAGGUGACACAUACAUUGGGAUGCCGAUCGGAGGCUACCGCAAUAGCAUCUUCACGGAGCCAGUGGGCUACGUGGAAUACAUUCGUGACGCGGCUCGACUUGUUUAUUCAGUCAUCAACGCCAGCUUUACAAUUCAAGAGUACCAAGCGUACCGAGAGUGCGGAAGCCUUCGCGUGUACCUUUGGGACGGAUGGAAUUGGUUCGACUUGGUGCAGAUUACCUGUGUGUGGCUUUUGCUAGUCGCAGAAAUGAUUGAGCUGGUAUUUCCAGGCUUCGAUCAGGACGACUUCAGUCUCAUCGUGUAUCAAGAAUCGCUAUACAGUUUCAGCGUUCGAAGGAAAUAUAACUUCCGCAUCACGCUGAUGAGCAUUGCACAAGGGCACUUGGGCCUUUCGUUCGUAUGA